CAAGCCUUGCUUGAAGUUGAUCAGUCCGCUUAGAAAAGUGCUCCAGAGGGGAAAGUAUUGGAAUCGGUUUGAAAGGGGGGAAGUGCUAAUUUUUGCGCAAAGAAUUGCCUUGCUCAGAAAGGGAACCCUCUUCAUUUUUGUCAGUUUGCACACAUUUUAUUUAAUUGGAUUUUUUUUUCGGAGAGGGGGGAAUAUUUUUUAGUCUGAGGAAAAACUUCAUUUUAGAGCUCCUAAGGACAAUAAACCUAUCAUAGUAAAACCGAGUUCAACGAGAAUAAAACAGGUGCGCUUGGAUGCUGGCUGUUUUACAAACGCGUUGGUAGAACCUUUAAAUCUGAUGACCGGAGGAAAAGAAACCACCUCUCUCGUUAACCCAACCAGUUGAUUAAUAUUUACAUAUUGUGAGGCAAUACUUUGAACAACUAUGAUACUCGGUGUUUUCAUCUUGGUGACAUUCUUUUUGGGACUGUCCCGGUGCUUGGGUUCCUACGUCCCUUGUGAGCCCUGCGACCAGAAAGCUCUCUCCAUGUGUCCACCGGUUCCUGUCGGCUGCCAGCUCGUCAAGGAGCCGGGCUGCGGGUGCUGCCUGACCUGCGCUUUAUCGGAAGGGCAGGCGUGCGGCGUGUACACCGGGACGUGCAUUCACGGGCUCCGGUGCUUGCCGCGGAAUGGCGAGGAGAAGCCGCUUCACGCCCUUCUUCAUGGACGAGGAGUCUGCACGAACGAGAAAGGAUACAAACCUCCUCAUUCAGCCAUAGAUCGCGAGUCGCGGGAACACGACGACAUGGUGACGACCGAGAUGUCGGAGGACCUCCUCCCCAUGCCCAAAGUGCCACUCUUCCCCAAAGACCACAUCACCAGCAAGAAGGUCCAGGCCAUGCGCAAGGACCGGAAACGGCAACAGGAGAAGCUGAGGUCCGUCGGGCAGGUCGACUACUCCCCGCUCCCCAUCGACAAGCACGAGCCCGAAUUCGGCCCGUGUCGGAGAAAACUGGACGGAAUCAUCCAGAGGAUGAAAGACACUUCUCGUGUCAUGGCGCUGUCCUUGUACCUGCCCAACUGUGACAGAAAGGGCUUCUUCAAGCGCAAGCAGUGUAAACCUUCACGCGGACGGAAGCGGGGCAUCUGCUGGUGUGUGGACAAGUACGGCGUGCAGCUGCCAGGGACGGACUACAGCGGGGGUGACAUCCAGUGCAAAGACCUGGAGAACAGCAACAACAACGAGUGAGGAGACGCCCCCACCCCCGCCCAACGUCCCCCGCAGCCCCCGACCCCCCAUCACCUGACCAAGGGCCCACCUCCUAUCGUACUGCCCAUCCGCCCACCAGUCACUUUGAUUUAAAACACGAAACGAACGAAAAGAGAAACGAAACUGAGACAAAAUGACAUGAACAUGUGAUGCUUCUCGACUGUGCGCUAACGGCUAAUGUGUGGGACCCAGCUAGAGCAGUCUCCCUGUCUGUCUGUAGCAGGAACCUUCUAGUAAGAACUAGGUCCCUGCACUCUAUUUGUAAAAAUAUAUACAUAUAUUUAUAUAUUUUUAUAGAAGCUGGGGAUUGAGCACCAAACUAUUUCUUUUUAAAAUUAAGGUAAUGCAAACAUAAAGAACAGAAGGCAUGUUGGUGAAACGCAGGACUGUCUUGGUCUUUUGUGUCUGUACGUCUGUUACUGUCGUGGUGUCAGAAGACAUAGCAGGAGUUUUAAUAUAGGCAUUUUCCUUGGGUUGUUCUCCAAAAAUAAUGAAACAGCUAAGUAGGGAUCUGCUGAUGCAGUUCUCACUUUCCAGGUUUUAGUCCUGUCAGAGCACUUAUUCAUAGGCUAACCUCAUUUGCUUGAAAAUAUGUAAUUUUGGUAGGUUCAGUGUGCGUGCGUGUGUGUGUUUGUGUGUGAGCGACUUUACAAAAGAAUGUUUUUUGUUUUUUUCCUCUCCUGUCAGAAGCUCUUUGAGUCUCCAUGAAGCUAGCUGGGGGAGGGUGGGAGGGGCUAUCUGACUGACAGGAUGUCAGGAUGUCUCUGGAUGUGGAACUGCAAGCAGGACGGAAAAGAAACGCUUUGUGAACAUAUUGUUGAAGCUGCUCUGUGACUCUGUAGCAAACGUGUAAUGCCAAUUGUGCCUAUGUAACCAGACGCUGCCAUGUCAUGAGACACACAGAGUUCUAAAGAGAACGCUGCUCCUACUGGUGGAGAGGCCAUGCAACGUUUGAUUCUGAUUGGAUGCUCCGAGACUUCCCUCUUCCCCUUCCCUCUGACUAAGCUUUGAAUUGGACACUCUAAACCCCCCCCUCCCCCCCACAAGCCCUGCCCUCAACUAAACUUUACCUGAUAAAUGAUGUGAAUGUCGAAAAAUGUAUAAUGUCUGAGAUAUGGCUAACGUAUGAAUUUGCAUGUUAAAACUGAAACGUCUAAUAACAUUGUGGACUUGACGUAAGAAUACAACACUAUUAACCAAAAGAAGCGUAUUAAUUGACAGGUGAAAGUUGGUAUGUUGGUCGUGAAGGGGACUCGAGCCAUCGUGCGAGGUGUUCACCAGUUUGGGGCAACAGCUGUCUCUCUCCAUAGUGGUCGCUUUGGGUGUAGCCUUACCUGGUGUGUUUGUACCAUUUCCUUUGCCUUCAGUGAAGUGAAUAACUGCCCGAUUUUUGAGCCAUGUUUCUUAACCAGCGGCCCCCUAGGUGCACAAGUAGGUCUAACGUUGGUGUGUUACUUUAACAAUAGAUAAAUGCUUUUUUUUUUUUUUUACAGAACUACAACAUGUUCGUGUUUUGAAAAGGACAUAGUUUAGCCUAUAACCUAUGCAAAAAUAGAAUUUGCAUAGUUUUUAUUUCAGUGUGUUUUUCCAGCUUGCCACAGCUGAGGGAAUCGGGGUUAUUUGAAUUGACUGAGGCUGGAGAGCUAGCCUGCCCGCCCGCCCCUCCUCCCCUGCCCUUAACCCCCCCCCCACGCAUGCAGCUCACCUCUUUAACUGUGUGUUACAUAACUGAUCUUCAGUCUGCCACCGCCACUGCACAGAACGGCAGGAGCAUAUUCUCCCCGAGGAUCCCUUUCUUAUAAAGAGCCGCCAUCGAAACAAGGUGCACAUUAACCAGCCCUGGGCCAUUAAAUGUGCACUUUCGGCCUGUAUGUAAAUCUUAGUGCCUUCCUGCAUGCAAAUCCAUUUGAAUAGUGAUUUCCACAGACACCAGUGGGGGAGAACGAGAGCAUAGCAGAUGCCCUGCGUGACCAUCAUGUGUAGACGAGAGGGAGAGAGAAAGGGAGAAAGGGUUGCACAACCAUUGGUAAAAAAAAAUAAUGUAUAAAAAAAAAAAAAACUGUCAAAAACGUGUUGAAUCCAAAAGCACGCACAGCCAGUGCUGGAGGUGAGGGACAGUGAGGCUGGAUGCAUGGGUCUCCGGCUGUAGCUCAGCCUCUUUUCGAGCGGAGGCUGGGGUACUGCCGCGACUGCAUCGUGUAAAACGGCCGGGUGUAGAGAUUCACCAUCCGUCACAGCGACCACCGCCUCUAAAAGACGUCCGGUCCUUCUCCUUCUUUUGUUUGUAGUCUUUGCCAGAUCGUUUGUACUCAUAUCCUGUGUUUCAGAAAUGCAGCGGUAGACAUAAAUUCACUGGUAACAGGAGGGGAGCCACUUAGCAGCCAUGUUGAGUUCGCUAAAAGGACCGUAAUAGGCAGUACCAUGCAGUGGCUAGUGAUCUGGACAACCGUCGAAGAGGUGAUCAGGCUGAGAGACUGGGGACUGUUAACAACAGAGAGAAUAAUUUACAAGUGUAGUCAUUAUUCUUUCCAUUUCAUGUUUUAUGUUUCCAAGCCACUGAUUUAAGCUGAGGACAUGAUCUUGGUCCAUUUCUAUUGCAAACGGCACCCAAAAUAUGAGAAGCAAUGAAACGAUGAAUAAACCAGUCACUAACACGGUCCCGGUCCCUGUCUUUGUAAGCACCCCCCUCCCCCCCACCCACAUGGCCCCAUUUGGAAAGCAGCUUGCACUUGAAUAAAUUAAAUAACAGAACAAAAACAAAAAAACAAAAAAAAACAGGACACACCUCCUCUACUAGUCCCUUCUUGAAAAUAUGCAGAUUUUUCUUUUGUUGUCUUGUUUUUUUUAAUCAAACAGCAGAUUCUGGCCUCGGUUUCGAGGCCUGGGUUAGAUAACUUUUGACAGGGGCUUUGGCCCAUGCCUGGGGUCCACAACAGUGUCAGCUACGGAUGAUAAUGACAAUAAGUAACUACUAAUCACGAUCGAACUCCACCUACUCGCGCAGCCUGUGGAGCGCGUUGCCGAGUGCUAGGCACUGCUGUCCUGCAGGGCCGCCUCUCUCCGAUAGACCUCCGCAGCGGCAUUACAGUAUCACAUAGUUACAGUUAGCAGGACAGACAAAGGGGGUCUGUGGAAUCUGAAGGGGCCAGGCGAAAAGCAGCGCGAACCCCACGCCCGGGCUAACGUUUCCGGUUCGUUCGGGUCGCUGUUCGGUCAUUAUGGUACAAAACAAAAACCUUACCCCUUUCGUGAAACGAUAUCAGAAAGUCAUGCCUACCUCUAUGUUGGGGAUGUUUUGAACUAUGCUGGUGCUUUUUUUUUUUUUUUCGUUGGGUCUACUGACCAAACAGAAAAAAAAUCUGUAAACUAUCAGCUAAAGAGGAUGCAUGCACCUAACUUUUUUAAUUGAUGCGUUUCUUCUGCAAUGUUACAGCGCAUUUUUGCGGAUGUAGCUAGUAGUUGCCGAGAUAAUCCCUGCUGAAAAAAACAGCUUGCGCUAAAUUUUGAAACAGCUGCUAGCUGGUUGACCAGCUCAAGCUAUGUUUUGAAACAGCUGGUCAUAGCUGGAUUUCACACCAGGGAAGGCAACUGUAGGCCAUUGCCUACAUUCACUAUUUAGGUUUAGGUGCAGAUCACGUCACGAAGAUCAGAGCUAACAUCACAGUACAUUUAGUUCAUUGCCUACACUAAGUGUAGAAGUUUAAACGAUGCUGUUAAAAUCCUAAAUUCAGCUGCUCUAAGCUCCGCCUGCGUGCCCAUCAGAUUCCCCGCCUCCUACCUGGUUAGACUAAUGCAAUAAUUACAGCUCGUAUUUCAGUAGUAUCAGCAGUUUUUUUCUGAAUGCAUAACUAUUUUUGUGGAGGGAAAAAGACAACCUAUUCGAUAUUUUAACGUGACGUUAACGGCUUGUGAAAACAGACCCAUUCGUGGCAGAAGGACCACGAAAAUGUUCAGCAUUUGGAACUCUUAAUACGUAAAUAAAAAAAGGAAGAAAAAAAAAAAACUCAAAUUAUUAAGAAAAGUGAAUAUCACUGUGUAAUAUUUAUUCAACUUGUAAUUUAUGUACUCUUUUAAACUUUGUCUUUUUGUUAUGACAAAGCAUUUAUUUAAAUAAAGUUAUGUAUUCAUUUA